AUGAAGUACCUCAAGGUGUGAAUCUGCAUAUAAAUUGCAUCGUAGAGGCAGUUUUACAGUGGGGAGAUGGAGAGAUAGUUUUACAUUUACAUUUUAGUCAUUUAGCAGACGCUCUUAUCCAGAGCGACUUACAGGAGCAAUUAGGGUUAAGUGCCUUGCUCAAGGGUACAUCGACAGAUUUUUCACCUAGUCGGCUCUGGGAUUAGAACCAGCGACCUUUCGGUUACUGGCACUACGCUCUUAACCACUAAGCUACCUGCCGCCCUAGCGAAGGGGACCCGAAGACAUCAGAAUUUCUAUAUAGUAUUGCACAAUAUCUGGUCUGUCAAAAAGCUUAUAGGUUGAGUGAUGUCACCCAUAAUAGAAAAUAAAAUAUAAUCUAAGUUUUUAUUUCAAUCAUUUUGACUAUUUGCUCCUUGUUAACACCUCUACCUUUCUGGUUCAUCACUCUGUCCUCUUAGUAAAAUAAUCCCCACAAAACAAUAACAGAACUGCAGACAUUUCUCUGAUGCUGGCUGGGCUGUGCUCUGUUGCCAGGUAACGCUGGGACUGUUUGGGCAUGAGGAGGAGGUGAUCUCCAACCCCCUCUCACCUGGGGUUAUCAAGGGCAUCCUCUACAGCAAGUGCUACGGGGAGAGGGAGGCCGUGCUGCAGCAGGAGCUGGUCAUCCACAUCGGCUGGAUCAUCUCCAACACCCCCGAGCUGUUCAGCGGCAUGCUCAAGAUCCGCGUCGGGUACGAAUAGAGCCCUGGAGGAAUAGAGCUAGGCAGGCUGUAGCCAUGGCCAUUCUGAUCCUACAGCUGGGUGGUUGUUAUUCUGUUUGUCUCUCAAUCUGUCUGUUUGAGGAUAGCUAUCUGUGGUUAUGAGAUGCAUUGUUUUUGCUUAGUAUUCUGCUGGUAUUGAUGUAGAUGGAUCGUCCAGGCCAUGAAGCAUGAGUUGGAGAUCCGAGCAGGUGACAUGCCACCCCAGGACAUUUACCAAAUGUCCCCCAGCGAUGUUAAACAGCUGCUGCUGGACGUCCUUCAGCCACAACAGCAUGGCAGGUAAACACAGGCACAAACACAAGCCUUGACACACACACACACACACACAUUUUUUUAUUCUAUUUAAUUCAUUUCCCUGUUCGUUACCCGUCCCAGGUCCUGGAUCAACAGGCGUCAAAUCGAUGGUUCCCUCAACAGGACACCCCAUGGCUUCUAUGACCGAGUGUGGCAAAUUUUGGAGAGAACUUGUAAUGGCAUCGUAGUGGCAGGGAUCCAUCUACCACAGGUAGUGUUGGUUAUUGCAGUUGAGACAUAAUAAUCCUACUUUAUUUACAUCCUCAAACUCCACAUUUAAUCACAUCUCUGAAGGACCACACUAUAGGCCCCCUUUGACAGUGUUCAAAUGCCCCAAAAUACUAUUUGAAGUACAGUAGGCUGCUUGGCACAGCAGUUGAUUCAAAAUGAUGAUUUGAAUACAGCAGAUCCCAUUGCAUCGCAAUAACCCACUAUUAAAUACAUUUCUGUUUAUUUGAGUAUGUGAGUUAGUCUUUUUGGUAAUAAUUGGUCAUCGGGGUGUUCUUGCCUAAAGCAUUACUGUUCAAAUCUCCCACUUUCCUUCCAUUGCAGCAACCUACUCUGUCUGACAUGACCAUGUAUGAGAUGAACUUUUCUCUGCUGGUGGAAGACACACUGAAGGACAUAGUGCUGCCUGAGUACAGGCAGAUAGUAGUAGAGGUAUGGGCCAAUCAGAUUUCACUAAUUUACAGCUGCAUGUUUUUCGUACACUGCUAUUGGUCAAACAGUACGCUCCAUUGACUAUCUUACCCACACAUUUCAUCUAGUAACCUUUCCACUACACAUUGGGUUUACAAUACAAAAAUCCUAAUUGUACACACAUUUUCUCAUGGCUCCUAAUCUCCAUGGUUGCAGCUGCUGAUGGUGGUGUCCAUAGUGUUGGAGAGAAACCCGGAGCUGGAGUUCUUGGAGAAGGUGGACCUGGACGUUCUGGUGAAGGAGGCCUUCCAUGACUUCCAGAAGGACAGGAGUCAGGAGGGGAUGAAGAAACAGGUAGGUGCUAUGCUCUGCCCUAACCUGUCAACUGGGCUCACAGGAUCUAAGGUUAGGGUCAGACCACUGUCACACAAGCUCCUUGGAGUUCAUGCAGCAUGCAAGCUUAGCUAUUGUACGUCCACAACGUUGUACAGUACAAGUUAGAUCUGGUUCAGAGCAGCUAAGUAGAAGCAGACCUCAUAUUCAAGGGGAGGACAUCUUGUGUGCUUUGGCGAUUAAUUAUUCUGGUCAGUCUCGACUUAAUUCAUUAAUCGGUAAGGAUGGGAAUAAUUGUGUCACGUGUUUACUUGUUAUUCAAAUCAGAUAUUUCCAAUCUGAAUAGUUGUUCACUCUGCAUGUCGUUGCUGAAAAGCAUUGUUUGUUAGACAACUUUUGACAGUUUGCACUGUAUAUAACAGUACUGCUAGUUUGCAAUGAAAAAACAUUAUUGUCCCCAGGAUGAUAUGGAGGAGUUCUAUAAGACACCACCGAUGGGCAGGAGAGGCACCUCCAGUUACCUGACCAAGGCUGUGAUGAUUCAACUGCUUCAGGGAGACGUGAAGCCCUCCAAGGAUGACCCCUGCUCGGUCAGCUAA